UCGAUGCCAUGGACGGGCGGCCUGUCAUCAACCUAUACCAGCCUCUUACAGAUAACAACCAAAAUAUCGCAAAAGGAAGUAGAAUGGACGGGCUGCUGCUGCUCUGCUUCUUCCUCUGGACCGUGGUUACCACGGGACAGUUCGCCGUCGCCGGCGCAGCCUCCAGCUCCAAGGUGGUGACCAGCCUCCCCGGGUUGCCGGGUCGCCUCCCCUUCCACCUCGAGACCGGGUACGUGGAGGUGGACGAGGAGAACGGCGCCGAGCUGUUCUACUACUUCGUCGAGUCCGAGGCCGGCGCGGAGGACGCCCCUUUCCUCCUCUGGCUCACCGGCGGCGACCGCUGCUCGGUGCUCAGCGGCCUCACCUUAGAGAUUGGUCCAUUCCAGUUCGUCCCGGAGCCUUACAAUGGCACCGUACCGCGUCUGAGAAUCAAUCCGUACUCAUGGACCAAGGUGGCAAAUAUCCUUUUCGUUGAUACACCGGUUGGGGCUGGAUUUUCCUUUUCAAGACGACCCGAAGGCUACGAUGUCGGGGAAGUAUCCACCUCGUUGCAGCUCCAUGAACUCCUUCUCAAGUGGUUCACUGGCCAUCCCAAGUUCCUCACAAAUCCUCUCUACCUCGGAGGAGACUCCCUUGCUGGACAUCUUGUACCAUUUAUCGCUCAAAAGAUCUCGGAAGGUAUCGAAGCUGGAAGGAGCCCCAUCCUUAAUCUCAAGGGCUAUUUGGUAGGCAACCCGAUGACGGGUGAAAUCAUUGAUGAAAGCUCGAAAGUGUCAUAUGCUCAUGGAGUUGGUAUAAUACCAGAUCAAUUAUACGAGACGAUAUUGAAGCAUUGCCAAGGAGAAGACUACAGGAAACCUACAAAUACACCGUGUGCCCAAGCUCUGGGCACUUUCAACAAUCUACGCUCCGAAGUUAUGACGGCACAAAUUUUGUUAGACGAUUGCUAUCUUGUAUCCCCUGGACCAGGCACCCAGACGGACAAGUCAGCUAGUGCUAUUCGGAAGAUCCUAAGCGAGGAAACAGUGAUCGUGACGGGGAGGCGAGUGAAGCAUCCGCCACCUCGUGUACCAAUUGGCUGUUAUAUUCAGAGCUACACGUCUUACCUGUCGUAUUUCUGGGCAAACCACGCGCUCACCCGAGACGCCCUGGGGAUCAAGGACGGCACCGUGGACGAGUGGGUGAGGUGCCACGACGGCGACCUGCCGUACGCCGUGGACAUCGGGAGCAGCAUCAAGUACCACCGGAAUGUCACCGUCAAUGGCUACCGUGCGCUGGUGUACAGCGGCGACCACGAUGCGAUUGUGCCGCACCUGGGGACGCAGGCGUGGGUGAGGUCGCUCGGCUUUCCCGUCGUCGACGACUGGAGGGCGUGGCAUCUCGACGGCCAGUCUGCCGGAUUCACCAUAACUUACUCUAACAACAUGACCUUCGCGACCGUAAAGGGAGCUGGGCACACGGCGCCUCAGUAUGAGCCCGAGCGGUGCUACGCCAUGUUCAGCCGUUGGGUACUGCACCAGCCACUCUAGUCCUCCUGUAUGUGACAUCAUCUAGUAGGUCUAGCAUACAUACUAGCAGGCGGAAGGCGCGGCGAGAACCUGUGUAAAUCUACAGUACAAAUUUGGAUAAAGAUACAGAGUGGAGAAUGGAGAGAAGAGAUCCUUUGAUAGCGAAGUAGCCAAAGAACUAUUGAGAAACAACAUGAAUUACCAUAAAUUGUAUGGUAUCAAAUAAAAAAAAGAAAAGUAUAUUUUUUGUCCCUCAACUUUUGACGAAGUUUAGAUUUGAUUCCUCAACUACAAAACCGGACAACUUGCAUCCUCAAUUCUUGAAACCGGACACAUUUGGUCCCCUGACUCAACUGAAGUGGUAUCCAUGCCAACUCAGCAUUGUUUUGACCGGGUCAUGUCUAGGUGGCAAUAUUUCUAUUUCUCUUCAUCCAUCUCCGGUCUAGACAUUUCGUCAAACAAUUGACGUGCAAUCGCUGCACCAGGGCACAACCGUUGACGAGCCAGUGCUGCCACCAUUGGUGGCCCAGCUAACUACUAAGUACCACGUACCACCACGUCUUCUCCUCGUGCCUGAGUUUUCGCAUGAAGGCACGCCGGGAAGUGAUGCGGCGCCGCCGGCGCGUGGGGUCCCAGGCGCUGAGCAACAGGAAAUACGAUGCGAGGGAUGGAUCCGGGUUGCGCUCGACGGCGUGGUGCGUGCCGAGCGUGAGCUUGCGGACGAGCGGUGUGGGCAGGUCAGCACCACCGCCUCUUCACCACGCUGCUGGAUCCAAGCGUUGGACCGCGUCCGCGCGUGAAGGCCGGCGACGACGGCGAGUACCACCACAGCCACGAGGUGCCCCAGUCCGGCCAUGACGGCGACGUGCUCCAUCCAGGCGACGAGCAGGUCGAGCCGCGGCGAUCCCCUCUCCUGGCGCCGCGCUCAUGCUGUCUGAGAUCACCACCAGCAGCAGCUUGCUCCCUGCCCGCAGACGCCGUGUAGAGAGCGAGGAAUCGGGAAGUCAAUUUGGGGUUUCUUUGCCACGUCAAAACCGGGAUGAGCCAGCAUCAAAACCGGUAAAAAACGGGAGGAGGAUGAAACUUGUCUGGUUUUAAAAGUUAAAGGUGCAAGUUGUCUGGUUUGAUAGUUGAGGGACCAAAUCUAGACUCCGUAAAAAAUUGAGGGACGAAAGUAUACUUUUCUUAAUAAAAAACUACUUAAAAUUGAAGAUAAUGUCGUGGAGUCAUGGUUAAGAAUAUGAAACUUGAAAGUUUGCCAAAGUCAUAUGUCUGUGGUAGAAGGAUUGCACCAUGUAUUUCCAUCUUUUUUAUCGUGCUAAUUUUUUUGUUU